ACAACUGAAACCGCAGAGCUGAGAGUGCCGACAGAGAUAGCUUUGGCUUAGAUAGAAUCAUCCUCUCGAGUCCUGUUCCUCAUUCCAAUUUGGAAGCUGAAACAUCGUACAAUGGCCGUGAAAUCCAAGUCGCCAAUGGCGAUACUCCUCCUGGCGCUGGUCGUGCCUUUCCUCGUCCAGGGCAGCCUGGCUCAGACUUGUGGAAGCCAAGCAGGAGGAGCAUUGUGCGCAGGAGGCCUUUGCUGCAGUGAGUUCGGGUUUUGUGGAACCACAACUGCUUAUUGCGCAACGCGCUGCCAAAGUCAGUGCACAUCAACUCCAUCAACUCCAUCAACUCCAUCAGGCUCAUGUGGGACCAGCCUUGGAGGAGUUGUAUCUCAAUCCCUAUACCAAUCCCUCUUUCCUAAUAGGAAUGCUAUCUACUCAUACGAGAAUAUGAUCACUGCUGCUUCGUUCUUUCCCAGUUUCGCAACCACUGGAGACUGCAAUACGCGCAAGAAGGAAGUCGCGGCUUUCUUUGCUCACAUCUCUCACGAAACUUCUGGCUUGGUGUACACCGAGGAGAUCGACAAAGCUGCCUACUGCGAUCCUGACUAUCCUUGCGCUGCUGGAAAGCAAUACUUCGGCCGUGGUCCCCUGCAGCUGACCUGGAACUACAACUACAAGCAAUGCGGUGACUCAUCUGCUGUCAGCCUAGAUCUUGUCAACAACCCAGACCAGGUUGCACAGAACGGUGUCAUUGCAUUCAAGGCUGCGAUUUGGUUCUGGAUGACUGCUCAGAACCCCAAGCCUGCUUGCCAUGCAGUCAUUACCGGCGGCUGGAGCCCUUCCUCAUCCGAUUCAGCAGAUGGCAGGACUGCAACUUUCGGAAUGACCACAGUCAUCAUCAAUGGUGGACUGGAAUGUGGCUCAGGAGCCAGCAAUCCAGAACGUAACACCGAACGGGUGAGCCUUUUCAACAGCAUGUCCUCCGCCUUCGGAGUCAGUCCUGGCAGCGGCUUGUCUUGUGCCAGCAUGAAGCCUUACUCAGCAUGAAGCCUAGACGCCUACAGCUCGAGGCUUUUGGCCUGAUACAUUGUAGCGAGAUUAAUUAGAUUGCCGGACGCAAUACAUUAGGCAACCACAUGUGAUCAGGGUUCAGCCUCAAACUGCUGGCUUAUGAGUCCGAAUCAGGAAAUUUUUGGACAAUCAUAUCACUGAACAAGAUCAAAUCAGCUAAACUCGCUGAUCGUUGAAUUGACCUCACGAUGUCACACAAAAGAGCAAUAGAAGAAGGUUCAAGUCUU